GAGCCCUGUGGAGAGUGCCCUGAAAGACGCUAAGCUUUCGCCCAGCGACAUUGACGAGAUCGUUCUCGUUGGUGGCUCCACCCGAAUUCCCUCCAUCCAAGAUUUGGCAUCAGAACUGGUUGGCGGAAAGAAGCCCAAUCAGAGCGUGAAUCCGGAUGAGGUUGUGGCGGUUGGUGCAGCAGUUCAGGCCGGUGUUCUGGCCGGAGACGUGAAGGAUAUUGUGCUGCUGGAUGUGACACCCCUUUCGUUGGGUGUGGAGACUCUUGGAGGUGUGGCUACUGUGCUGAUUCCCAGGAACACCACCAUCCCCACCAAGAAAACCGAGGCCGGAUCAAUCCAGUUAAAGAAUCUUUUCCGUAGGUUUGUCAGGUUUUCAGAGAAUUUGUCACCAGAGGAUACCGGAGGCGGAUCAUGGUACGUGUGUUGUCAGGUCUUCUCAACUGCCACGGACUCUCAGCCCUCUGUGGAGAUUGUAGUGUUGCAGGGUGAGCGACAGUUUGCCAAAGACAACAAGAUCCUGGGCACUUUCCGCUUGGACGGUGUUCCUCCUGCUCCUCGCGGUGUGCCACAGAUUGAGGUCACCUUUGACAUUGAUGCCAACGGUAUUUUGAACGUGGCUGCCAAGGAUCGGGGUACCGGCAAGGAGCAGACCAUCACCAUUGCUGGUUCCUCCACCUUGGACAAGACCGAUGUGGACAAGAUGGUUCAGGAUGCCGAGGCCAAUGCCGCAGAGGACGAGAAGCGCAAAGAGGCAGUGGAGACCAAGAACAACGCAGAGAGCUUGGUGUACCAAACUGAGAAGCAGCUGCAAGAACUGGCUGACAAGGUGCCAGCUGACCUCAAGGCCAGCAUUGACCCCAAGCUGCAGGCUUUGAAGGACAAG